GGACAGGUGACUAUACAUGCAAAAUUUGACAAAGACAUUUACCUCCCAGAGGAUGCUGAGUUUUACUUUGUUUACGAUGGAUCCCUGAAGAGGCAUGUAAUGUUUGCAGAGCGAGUUAGUGACAACGCUCUUCGGUCUAUUGUUCCAGGCCAUGGAUGCCAAGAAGCAGUUGCUGUCUCUGUGUUAAUGUACACAAGGGGAUACUCACCUGUGGUCCUUGGCAGCUGUCCCGUCAGUUACAGGGAGAAUCUGUCUUGCAAGUUGUCUCGCUUUCUGGUUGAUCACGCAGAAUGUGUCACUGCUGCUAGUCAUGAGCUGUUGCUGGAUAAAUUUGGGCUAAGGAAAAAAGAUCUGCAGUCCCUGGAUAACGAUUUAAUGAUGGCUGUUGCUUAUGAAGACUUGCCAUCGACCUGGAACAUCCUCGGAAGCUGCUCAGAAGGUGAGCCUAAACAUAAAGAAACUCUUCUCCACCUUGUGAUGAAAUUGGGCUUGGUUAAGCUUUCCCAGUUCUUAGCAGCCCAGCCUGGAGGGUCAUCAGCAUUAGCAUUACCUAAUGAUGAUGGAGCAACACCAUUAGAUUUGGCUGUACAAAAUGGACACUCUGAACUUGUAAAGGUCUUCACAAAUUUCCAGGGCAGUCACUCGCUUGACAUUUCAAGAGUGGAGAUCAGCGAGGGUGUUUGCGUGCAGUUUAUUCAUUCAUCAGGAGCUCUAACGCUGACAUUUAGCCAUACCACGCAGCACUUGCUGGAGUCGGACAUUAAGCUCUUCAGAAAAUACUUCUGGGACAGACCUCUUCUUUACCAGAGUAUUAAUUCAAACCAAGUUGAGACGGUGGAAGGAACAAAAAUUCCCUGCACUACAGCAAGCCAUGUAGAAGGUCCUGUGAACUUGGCAUCUGAUGAGUUGUCCCAGGACGAUACAAAGCCUUUCCUAGACUCCAUGGUUCCUUCUAAAGAAAAUGAAGAACAUGUCCUGUUGGGAGUAGAUCAGAGACACUCUACCCUUGAUGUUCUCAGGAAACUCAAGGCUCCACCUACUUUCUUUGCUGCAACCAGACUUUCUGCCAUGAUGAGUGGAAGUGAUGAAGUAUAUGCAAAUUGCAUGGUAGUAGACCAAGCUGGAGAUUUAAAGACUAACUAUGUGAAAAGUGAAACAUGUCUGAAUCCCACCAACUCAAUUACGAAGGCUAAGAGCUCUUCAUCUCCUUCUCUUGAGAAGAAUGAGCAAUAUGUGUAUGUUCCAAAUGAAGAAAACCAAAAGCCAGUGAAGAAUGGAGAAAAUACAGGUGUAAGACAUACUGAUCCGUAUGGAGCAGAUUCAUACCUUUCAUUCAAGACUCAUGGAUUUAUCAAGGAUCAGGGCCAACUGUAUGCUGACAUGAAAAAAAAAAGUUCAAGUCUCGAUGACCUUGAAGUAGAUGGUGGAAGUGGAGAUGUUUCGGACAGAUCCCAUGUUCGCUACCCUCCCCACAGCUCUUCAGAAGCCAUGGCUAGUAGCAGAUACGGAUUAGAUUUAUCCACCAGUCUACAGCCUGAGGAAUGCACAGUAUCUGGGAUUCGGUCACGCUCCUAUUCCUGCUCCUCUCCGAAGGGCUUAUUAGGAAGAUCUCACCUUCCUCGAGACUUUGCAGUUGGGGAUUCAAGUGAAGAUGGUGUGCUCAUGAACAGUGGUCGAUCCCUCCUUCAGGCUCUUUCACUCUCUAAGUCAGUGUCUCUGCUCCACCCUUGUAAGCGAGCGUACAGUCUGCCAGAGCAGUCCCGGGACAAAAGGAUUCAGGAGGAGGAAUGGAAUAAAUAUAUUGUACCCUCAAAAAAUGAGUCUGAAAAAUGUAAAGUGAGUCGAACUUUCAGCUUUCUGAUGAACAGAAUGACCAGCACACGAAAUAAGUGCAAGACAAAAAAUAAAGAUACCAAAGAUAAACUGAACAAGCACAAUUUUACAAAUGGGACUUUCUCAGGAGUUAUGCCAUGUAUGGCCUGUGAAAAGGCGCUUCUAGGAAGAGAGUCACUGCAGUGCUCUUAUUGCAACGUGAUUGUGCAUAAGAGCUGCAAGGAAUGUGCUCCUGUGUGCACCAAGAAAUCCCAAGAGAGGUACCAUAAUAAAAGUAAACCCUCCCCUGGUGUAACAAAUUCCCUGCACGGAGACAUUUCACAAACUGUGCUCUUCCCAGCACAUUCUUCUUUCUCUAUGCCUAUUGGACUGUCUGCUGGAAAGAGGGAAGCCUCACAACAGUCCCAGUUCUUGUCUAAAAGUGUUCCCAGUGCAAGUUUUGAAAGAAGAUCUAUGCCAUUUUCUGAACAAGACUCUGAGACUAGCACCUGGAGGUCCAAGUCACGGUCUGAAGAGAUGUUACAAGCGUUAGGGACUGUUUCUUCAAUGGAUGCUUUUAUGGUGGAAGAUGAUGUGGAUUUGUCUCAGUGGACUGAUCUCCACACAGAUGCGCAAGAGUUUGAGGCAGAGUCCUGGAGCCUUGUUGUGGAACCAGUGUUCUGUAGAAAGCAAGAAAAGGAUGUCAUCAAGAGGCAGGAUGUCAUUUUUGAGCUGAUGCAAACUGAAAUGCAUCACAUCCAUACCCUGUUCAUUAUGUCUGAAAUAUUCAGGAAAGGGAUGAAGGAAGAACUGCAGCUGGACCACAGCACAGUGGACAGAGUAUUCCCCUGCUUAGAUGAGCUACUGGAGAUGCACAGGCAAUUCUUUUGCAGAAUGAAGGAGAGACGGCAGGAAUCAUGUGAGGCAGGGAGUGAACGUAAUUUUGUCAUCAGCAGAAUUGGAGACAUCCUUGUGCAGCAGUUUUCAGAGGAAAAUGCAACUAAAAUGAAAAAAAUAUAUGGAGAGUUUUGCAGCCAUCAAAAAGAAGCUGUUAAUCUCUUCAAAGAAUUGCAACAAAACAAGAAGUUCCAGAAUUUUAUUAAACUGAGAAAUAGUAACCUGUUGGCACGACGCCGAGGAAUCCCUGAGUGCAUUUUGCUUGUCACCCAGAGAAUCACCAAAUACCCUGUUCUGGUUGAAAGGAUAUUGCAAUACUCGAAAGAAGGGACAGAAGAACAUAAAGACCUGUGCAAAGCCAUUUGUCUAAUUAAGGAUGUGAUUGCAGCAGUAGAUUUGAAAGUGAAUGAGUAUGAGAAAAAGCAAAAGCUGUUGGAAAUUCUCAGUAGAACUGAAAACAAAACAUAUACCAAGCUGAAAAAUGGCCAUGUGUUUAGGAAACAAGACUUGAUGAGGAAAGAGAGGAUACUUCUUCAUGAAGGUUUAGUGUAUUGGAAGACAGCGACUGGUCGUUUCAAAGACACCUUAGCUUUGCUUCUAACUGAUGUACUACUGUUCUUACAAGAAAAAGAUCAAAAAUACAUCUUUGCAGCUGUGGACCAGAAGCCUUCUGUUAUCUCCCUUCAGAGACUCAUAGUAAGAGAAGUAGCCAAUGAAGAAAGGGGGAUGUUUCUGAUCAGCGCUUCAUCUGCAGGGCCUGAGAUGUAUGAGGUUCAUACCAACUCCAAAGAAGAACGUAACAACUGGAUGAGGCAUAUUCAAGAUGCAGUAGAAAGUUGUCCAGAGGAAGAAGAAGAAGGAAAAAUGAGUGAAUCUGAUGAGGACAGACGUAUUGCUGAGGCCAAAGCAUGCAGAAUUCAGAAAUGUCAAGAAUCACUGAGUAACCAGGACCAGCAGAUCUGUAGUUGUUUGGAAGAGAAGUUGCAUAUCCAUGCAGAAUUGGGAAAUAUGAGUGGGUUUGGGGAUGUUCAUGUGGAACCUUACCUCCUUAUCAAACCUGAUUCUGGAGAAACUCCACAGGCUUCUGCAUUGCUGACAGCAGCACUCAGAGAAGUUGAAAGUCUCCAUGUUGCUGUAACAUUACAAGAGAAUGAAACAGACAGAUCACCAGAAGAAAGUACUGAGGAAUUAAGUGUGAGGCAUAGACUGAGUGACACUGAAAUCUUGGAAUCUGUUUCUGGUGAAUCAUCUGAAGUUGAUCUCAGUGUUGAAAAGGAAACAGCAGGUGCCAAUCUAGAGGAUAAGGGAGGAAGUAUGAGUUUCCCAGGAUCUACAGGGACAGAGAUUGUACAAGCAAUCCAGAACUUAACCCGUCUCUUGUACAGUAUGCAGGCAGCAUUAGCUAUCCAGGACAGCCACAGAGAGCUCCAUAGGUUACUCCUGCAAGAGAAUGAGAAGACUGGUCGGGGCCAUGGUUCUCGGCUAAACCUACUCCUGGAACAAGAGAAAUACCGAAAUCUGGAAAAACAAAGGGUGGAGCUGGCCAACAUACACAAACUGAAGCAGCAGUUUCAGCAGCUGCGAGAAUGCGACCAGCGGCAGCGGGAGCAGGAGGCGAGGGAGGACCAGCUGGGGCAGCGGGAGAGGGAGUGCAGGUGCCAGGAAGAACUGCUGGACAGGAGCCGACAGGGGCUGGCACUGCAGCUGCAGGAAUACCAGCAGAGUUUGGAGAGGCUCCAGGAGGGCCAGAAAAUGGUGGAGAGAGAAAGAGACAGUAUAAACAUGCAGAAGAAGCUCCUCUGGCACCUGAAGCAUGGUCCUCAAAGUAGCCUGUUGUCAUCCACAGGGAGAUAUGAGGUAAUGAGAAAUGAUAAAUCGGACAGCUUACAGGACGAAAAUAUGUUGUACUUAAAUGAAGCUGUAGUAUGUGUGUCUCUAAGCAGUCUCAAUGGAUCAGAUUCUUCUCUCAUUUAUGAGGAUGGUGUGUAUGGGCUGAACAUCUCAAAUUCUGAUAUUGCAUGGACUAGUGAAAAUCAGGUGGACCUCAAAAUGGAUACUUCUUGUCAGUCAACAUUAAGCAGCGCACUGUGGAAGUCCACUGGUCCUUACCAGCAGAUGUCAUUUUCCUGCAAAAGCAACAAGGAUGCCUUUAAUAAUGAUCUGAAUGCAUCGCAGACCCAGGGUCCCCAGACGAGCAUUCCAAACCAGGGAUCCAUCCAGCCGCCACAGGUAGAUGCACUGCUGCUGAACAACCAGCCUGCGAACCUCAA